AUGUCUGUCCUUUGGGUCCUGAGCACUGUAGUGCGCUGGUUGCGCUUGAAGAUCUACCAGUAUGAGGUGACAUUCGCCAUCUACAUGCUUACCCCAACGGAAAAGUUCAUCUUCAACUCUAUCAUCCUCGCCCUACUCACUAUGAUCGCCACCGGAAUUUACAUCUACCUCCCAAAUCACCUCCGCAUCAUCUAUGGCCACCUGUACUACUACUGGGUCGGCGAACGCCCUUUCAUCUCUUCAAACCUGACCUCAAUGAGUUCUGUCUUCGGCGACGCCGCCACACAAGGUCUAGGAGCCGUUUACGAAGCAACCAAGAACGUGGCCGCCAUGGCAACUGGAAAGCCACUGGCAGACUUAUGA